AUGUUUGUUGAGCCACGGCAGAGCUACAGGAGCAUUGUGCAGGCCAUUGGGCGGGUGUUGCGUCCUGCCAAGGCUCUUGCACAUAUCGUUUUACCUGCUGUGGUGCUACCAAAUGUGAAGUCAGCUGAAGGCUCAUCAGAGUCGGCGAGAGCUGGACAUGACGCUGCUAGUGACCAGGAUGAUGUUUCUUUGUCAAAUGUGCCUGCACAUCGUUCCGGUAUGAAGAGCCUUGGCGGCUAUGCAUCUUCACUAUCUUCACUUUCCUCUCGCCAUGAGAAUGGAGCGCAGAUGGCGAAUAAGUUCAAGAGCACCGCUGAUAUCUUUGACAGCUUGAGUCGGCAGUUGGUGGAACAAGAAGCAGCACCUGGUUCUAGGCCGUCUCAAGCACAUCACGGCCACCGCAAAAUGCCGGAAAAGUGUUUAUUGAAGGGCUUUUUCGACCCACGGCAAAGAGCAGUGCCCCCGCUCCGGCCACGUGUGUUUUCCGGUGGCGGGACAAGGCAUCAGGAGAAGCAAGGAGAACUGCCUGAAAAUUGGAACUCGGUCUCUUCCGUGGACAGCCUGCAGCUGAAUAGCAGGGGCAAACCUGCUACAGUGAGGUGUGCUGCAAGUGGUCAAGCUCAGCUUCCAGACACUUUGUCACAAGCAGGCGAAGGCAGCAGCAACAUAAUGAGCCGAAGAGGUGUUAGCACCAGCCAGAAUGCUGACACAGUGUUGGGCCUUGAGACUGAGGCUGCGCGGCCAGGGGGCAGCCGCAACCGAUACCUUGAAGCAGACCCUCUUGAUGGCAUCCUGCGCAACGGUCGUACCAAAACCACUAGGCCAGAGGUCAGUGAACUACCUAAUUUCGCCAGUGCAGAGAAGGACAGUCCAGAUGAAGAAUCUCGUCACAGUGAUGGCUUUGCAAAUCGGUCCCCCUCACCCACAGGCAGGACCAAACAGGACUUGCAGACUCUUCCCAGCCCCGCAACUGAAGCACAGCCGCAUCGGACGAUGCGAGUAGCAUUGGGAAGAAAGAAGCAAACACGGUUGACGUUUGGGAGCGGCGAUGGGUUUGAAGCUUGUGACAAGAAGUAUUAUGAGAAUCAGCUGGAGUGCUUUUUGGGAGCCUUGGUGCAAGCAGAUCACAGGUGGAUUGGGGCUGAUGCCGCUGCCGGACAUAGAAUCCAAAUUGUCGAUUGCAGUUUGGGCCUGGAAGGAGAACUUGGGGUGGACGGAUUCAUGAAAGAGGUGUAUGGCCGGCUUGACGCGGUUUUGUCUCAAAGGGACGGAUGGGAGACUCGCUUCAGAGAAUUGGAAGCCUUUGUCGAGAAGAACGGGAGGUCAGCAAGAUCCGAUCUCAUCCGCAGACGUGCUGAAGGGUGGACCACCGGCGACCGUGAUGGUGGCUUCCAGCAGAAUUGCCGGGAGCUGAAGGAGUACAUAGAGUUGAAUGGUAAGAUUCCAACCAAAGCGAAGCCCGACUCUUCCGGCUCUCGACUGGCGAUGUGGUUGCACCGUGUUCGAUCGACCGCCGCUCAUGAUGCCAAGCCUGAGAGGAGGAAGAUGCUGGAGGAAGUGCAUCCUUUAGUGAAAGAGCUCCUCCAGAACUGGGACGACAGCCCUCUCAAAAUCAACAGGGUAAAAUGGGAAAAGCAUUUGGAGAAAGUCCUCCACAUCGUGAAGAAGCAU